UCAGCUCUUUCAGACUCUUUGUUUCAACAAAAGCUCCAAACACAAACGCUGGCUGAACAAAAGCAGCCAUGUUUCCAGAGCAGCCAUCCUCGCAUAAAUCCCGGUAGCGAGCGGGUCUGAGCGGUUUGACACUGGCAGGUGCUGGCAGGUGCUGAUCGUCAUGCCUCUGCCCCGACGCCGCUCAUCCUUCCUUGGACAGACGGCCGCCGAGCGUCCACCCUCUGCCUCCUGCGGGAGAAUGGGCUCGGUAGGCACCUCUGCCCCUCGCGGCGUCUUUGUAGGCUCCACCCCACCAGCGAGUGUUCCCUCUGGCCUGGGGACGCGGGUGUCACGGCGAGCUCUGGGCAUCAGCAGCGUGUUCCUGCAGGGGAUGAGGAGCAGCACAACACCACUGCUGCCCCGAGGCAGCGAGCGAGCAGCGGGGAGCGGUGCAGCGGCAGCGGGACUGAACAGCUGUUUGAUGGAAUACCGCGACAAAGUGAGAGCGCUGGAACAGCUGAACCAACAGCUGGAGGAGCAGAUCCGCCUCUGCCUGGACCGCAAGGCCUCGAGCGCCGGAGCUUGGGGACCCCUCAGGAGGGAGUGGGAGGAGGUUUACAGACAGGUCAGUGAAGCCAUCCUGGACAACGCCCGGCUGAUGCUGCAGACAGAGAACGUGCAGGCCAACGCUGAGGAUUUCAAGGACAGGUUCGAGAACGAGCAGCCGUUCCGUCGGGCAGUGGAGGAGGAGAUUAGCUCGCUGUACAAAGUGAUUGAUGAGGCGAACCUGACGAAGGCGGAGCUUGAGGAGCAGAUGGAGAACAUGAGGGCGGAGCUACGCAGUCUGGAGCACAACCAUGAGCAGGAUGUGCGGAUCCUGUACAGUCAGAUGGCGGGACGUGAUGUGGACGAGCCCGACGCGCCCAUAGAAACCAGUCUGGACCAGAUCUUGGCCUAUAUCAGGAGCCACUGGGAGAAAGUGAUGGAGAAGAGCAGGGCUGAGACUGACACCUACCUGGACUGUAAAGAGGCACAGUGCGUGAGCAGCAAGCUGAGUCCAGAGGAGGAACAGGUGGAGGCGCUGAAGGCUGAGUGCAGUGACACCGGCUGUAAGAUCCAGAGUCUGCAGGCGGAGACCGAGUCUAUCAGAGCCCUGAAACGCGGUCUGGAGAACUCGCUGAGCGACGCCCGUCACUGGCACGACAUGGAGCUCCAGAAUCUCGGCUCGGUGGUGGCCAAGCUGGAGGCGGAGCUAGCCGACAUACGCAGUGAAAUCGAACAGCAGCGUCGCGACUACGACACGUUGCUGAGCAACAAGCAACGGCUAGAGCAGGAGAUCGACUUGUACCACGGCAUCCUGGACGGCGAGGAGAACCGCUUUGAGACGCUGUGCUCAGAUCUCCACUCGGAGCCCGAGGGAGCUGCUGCUCCAGACUCCAGGAGCAACCCUCCAGGAUCUCCAGGACCUGCAGCACAGUGACCCCAGAAGAAAGCCUGAGCAGGCUGACCCGGUCUACCUGUGCAGGUGUGGAGGAUGCUGGAAGUGCAGUGUGCGUUUCAGCUGCUCGGUGUGGAUGUGACGUGUUGUAACGGUCUUCAGGUGAACCUGCCGAGAACACCCGAGGACCCGCCUGAGCCCGACUGGACCUGAGACUCGUGUUGCUCUGUGUUAAUAAAAGUGAAUGUGACGGUGCAUUCAGGAGCUCCUUGUUUCUUUCAAACUCAAAUAAAGGUGUGAGAAUGACGUCAGCGUGUCACAGAACGCCCUUGACUAUAUGCAGAGCUCCCGCCCUCCAGCCGGCGCUCACAGCUCCGAAGCAUCAACACCAACUUUGCGCAGGAGUGAGCACAUCUCAGCUCGUCCUGGUGGUGCUUGUCAUUUUGUGUGAGGGUGGUGCCUCACAGGGGUGCAGUGAUGGCUGACGGCCUCGCCGAAUCCCCCGGUCCUGAUAGCAAGGACAUGACUCCGCCCAUCCCCCGCCUGAGAAUAAACCUUCGUUGAGGAUCAAUAACUGAUUCAAAGAGAAAAUAAUAAACUAUUUAAAACGCAACGCGUUCUGACAAUGGCGUCGCCACAGGUCACUGAGAGGGCAACAGGUCCGAGUCAUUUCCUGGUCUCCGCCCCUUCCUGUCCAAAAGCAAACAUGCCCAAAAA